AUGGGUCUCUUCAGUUCAUCCCAACCUGUCGCCGCCCAACCCGCCCAACCCGUCCAACCCCGCCAAUCACGCGGCGGCCUCUUCUCUCGCAGACGCGACCCAGUCCAACCUCGCACCACAAGAGGCGGCCUCUUCAGUUCCUCCAAGCCAGUCCACCACCAGCCCCGCACCUCAGGAGGCGGUCUCUUCUCUCGCAGACGCAAGCCGGUCCACCACACCCACCACACCCCGGCAGCCACGACCGCCGGCACCACCUCGCGCCGGCACCAAGGCGGCGGUCUCACCGGCACCUCCCGUCCCGCUACUACAGCAACAGUGGGGACAAAGACCAAGCCGUCCCGCGGUCUCGGACUCUUCCGCCGCCGCGAGCGCCGCCACGAACCUACGAUGGGCGAGAAGGUCAGCGGCGCCGCGACCCGCGCCAAGGGCACCGUUACAGGCGACCCUGUGGCCCGUGAUAUGGGUGCUCGCCGCAUGCAGGGCUAUGAAGAGCCGACUGUUCGGAGAAGUCCUCGAUUCUAAGCGGGAUUUAAUUUUUUCUUUUGUGUUGACCGACAAUCUGUCCGUCUUUGGUUCAGACACGAGAACUGUCUAAUGGGGAGGAGUUUGGAUAAACUUAGAUAUCACCUUUUCUGAGAACGAUGUUUGGACAGGCCGGCCUCGGGUGUAAUAUUUGUCAGCGGUUUAUUUUCUUUUUGUGUUCCCCUGGGCCAACCACUCUAGAGGAGAGCUCAACAUUGACCCAGCGUCACUUGCAUGAGAUGUAAUCACGAGACUGGAUACCAAUAUACCCCCCAUU